CAGGGCUCCUCCUGCUGAUUACAUAAUCACUCUUUGACAACACUGCACUUUGGACUGGCUUUUCUUGUUCACGGUGACUUUGCAGAAAGAAGUGAUUUCUGACAGUCAGAAUGUCAUCCCUGGGCAGCAUGAAGGACAACCAAGUCCUUUUGGCAUUUUCUACAUAUGCCAUCAUUGCCAUUUUGAAGAUGAUGCUCAUGUCAUUUUUGACCAGUUACUUUCGCAUGACAAGAAAGGCGUUUGCAAACCUGGAAGACACCAAGUUGGUUGUCCCAACAGAAGACAAGAAAUUUGUCGUUGCAAAUCCUGAUGUGGAACGAGUCCGCAGGUGUCACCAAAAUGACCUGGAGAAUGUUAUUCCCUUUGUCUUGGUUGGCCUGCUCUACACUCUAACUGGACCUGACCUUUCAACUGCUUUGCUUCACUUCCGCGUCUUUGUCGGCUCUCGGAUCUUCCAUACUAUUGCCUACAUUGGCUGUCUGCCUCAGCCCAGCAGGGCUCUGUGUUUUACGGUGGGCGUGCUGGUGACCUUCUCAAUGGCUUGGACGGUGCUCAGCACAGCUCUCUUUUCUUAGAGAACAUUACAACAACAACACUAGACCAUGACUACACAUUAAUCAAUUCUUAGAUUAAUUUGCAUGAAUUCUGCUUUUACAUUUUUUUCUGAAAAACAAUGACUUUAUUCACUAUAACAUUCUUUAUAUUCAUAGACAAGGUUAACUCCAAGAUCAAUCAUCAUUCCUUUUUUAUGUGAAACAUUAACAAAUUCAAAAAAAAAAUUUUCAUUUUAUUUGGUCCAGUGACCAUUUCUGGAUGAGGAGGAGGAUCUGAAUAAGAACACUAUGCAUGUAGCCUAGCCACGCCAGACAACCCAUAGCAACGAAUUUAAUUCUCUGCCAGGGUCGGUCUAGUUAUCCUCGGUAAGCCUCGAGGUUGGAUGCUCCUAAAACUGGCCGACGAAUCACCAUGAAGUGUAGAGUCGGAAGGCGGGCGUAACUAAGUGACGACAGAGGCGCGACGAUUCUGACAGAAACAACCGGAAACAACCAUAGAAACAAGGAUAGACAAGAAGAUGGCUGCGCACAAUAAACAGUUAUCUUUCGACUCGGCUUUGGCCACAGCCCUUAAAGAUUUGAAUAAUCUUUCUGUUAACAUGUCUGUAAUAUACUUGAGCUUCACCAAUUGACUGCAUAAAUAAGGCUUCACUGAACUCCUGCAUCCUCUGAUUUCCGGAGCUCGAGGAACUACAUCAGCCUAUUCGUUGCACUGAUUGGUUGUAUACCUACCUAAUUGCUGCAGAGUGACUUGAAAGACAACCUUUUAGCCCGCCUCCCUCCCUGUCGAGAGUUCCUAGACCCUUGCGUCUUCAGACCUGGGUCUAGCGCGGCUAGGCAACUAUGCAUGCACAUUCAUUAACAAAUUGUCAAUGAGGUAGCCACACCCUGCUUUAUUGUCUGCUUUACUGUAAAUGGGACCAUGAUUUAAAAAAUCUGCAAAAUGCUGUAUUGAAGAAAACAUGAAACUAGUCACUGAGAUCAUAAACGGUUGAAGAAAAUGUUUACUGAUGUAAAAUAAAUAAAUAACUAGAAAAGCACUCAGAGUGCAGACCUCCGCCAAGGAUAGAGAGGAAAACAGGAAACUCAUGCAGCAAAGGAUCAUGAGCUGGAAUCAAACCUGCGUCUCUGACACAGUUCUGUUUACAAAUCACCGUCUUAACCAGUUGAGCUAUCUGGACACCUUGCUCCAAUUUGGUGGUAACGUAUGAUGUUUUUUUGUCAUAUUUUGGACCACAUUCUAAAACAUACUAAAAAAUUCAAAGUGAUCCAGAAUCCAGGAUCCUUUCCGGAUUGCCACCAAAAUUAAAUCAGCUCUUCCUCUUACCAUAGUCUACAUCCCCUCAAAAUUUCAUCUUAAUCUGCCCAGGCGUUUUUGAGUUAUCUUGCUAACAGACAGACAGACAGACACACAAACGCCUGGUGUCACAUAACCUCCUUGGCGGAGGUAAUAAAAAAUAGGUUAAUUGUCUGAGACUUCUGUACAGUCCCACUUUUUGUAACCAGAGGUGUCACCCCCUGGUGGCCUUGCUGGUCAUAGCAAAAAGGCAAGGUUAAUGCACUUUCACAUUAACAACAAGCUUUGGUUAUUCUCUCUUGGGAACAAGUUUAUUAUUAAUGUCAUGAACUGCACCUGUGGUUGCUUUGUUAAGAAUAUCUGUGCAGAUCUGGAACUGUUUAGUUAAAAUCCACAGCAAAAAUGACAGAGAGAAAUCAAGUGAGCUCAGACUUUUCAUUUCUUUCUUUUUUUCUUUUUUUUUUACGAUUGUGGAAUAUUUUAUUUGAUAAGUGUAUUUCAACCGCCUUUCUUUAAACAAAUGUAAUGUGCUUUGAUGUUUUGCUAUCUAAAUAAAUGAAAUUCUUGAAUUUUAA